AUGAAGAUCGAAGUCGAUUCAUUUUCCGGAUCCAAGAUUUACCCAGGCAGAGGAACCCUGUUCAUCCGUGGUGACUCCAAGAUUUUCAGAUUCCAGAACUCCAAGUCUGCCUCUCUUUUCCACCAAAGAAAGAACCCAAGAAGAAUUGCUUGGACUGUUCUGUUCAGAAGACACCACAAGAAGGGUAUUACCGAAGAGACCUCCAAGAAGCGUACCAAGAAGGCCGUCAAGACUCAAAGAGCUAUCGUUGGUGCUUCUUUGGACUUGAUCAAGGAGAGACGUUCUUUAAAGCCAGAGCAGAAGAAGGCCAUCAAGGAGGCUGCUGCUAAGAAGGAGGAAGAGGCUAAGGCUAAGAGAGAAGCUCACAAGGCUAAGAGACAAGCUGAGAAGGCUAAGGCCAUUGCUAACGGUGGUUUCAUCAUUUCCAAGCAAUCUGCUAAAGGUUCUUUCCAGAAGGUUCAAGCUACUUCCCGUUAA